UGAGGAAUCAAAGAUGAACUUGGAGCAGGAGAGGCCUUUUGUCUGCAGUGCCCCAGGCUGCUCACAGCGUUUUCCAACAGAGGAUCAUCUGAUGAUUCACAGGCACAAACAUGAAAUGACUUUGAAGUUUCCUUCAAUAAAAACAGAUAAUAUGUUAUCAGAUCAGACCCCUACACCAACACGGUUUCUGAAGAACUGUGAGGAAGUCGGCCUCUUCAACGACAUCGACUGCUCCCUAGAGCACGAGUUCAGGAAGGCACAAGAAGAAGAGAACAACAAAAGGAAUAUAUCCAUGCAUAACACAGUUGGAGGAGCAAUGGCAGGACCUGGAUCCCACCAGCUGACAAACACAAGGAUGCCAAACCACGACACCAGCGUUGUGAUUCAGCAAGCCAUGCCAUCUCCACAGUCCAGUUCUGUCAUUACACAAGCACCUUCCACAAAUCGGCAGAUUGGGCCUGUCCCAGGUUCUCUGUCUUCACUACUGCACCUACACAACCGACAAAGACAGCCUAUGCCUGCCUCUAUGCCCGGCACCCUGCCCAACCCUACCAUGCCAGGAUCUUCUGCUGUACUCAUGCCUAUGGAGCGACAAAUGUCAAUGAAUUCCAACAUCAUGGGGAUGCAAGGGCCGAACCUCAAUAAUCCGUGUGCUUCACCUCAAGUUCCCCCAAUGCAUUCAGAAGCCAAAAUGAGAUUGAAGGCAGCACUGACUCAUCAUCCUGCUGCCAUGUCGAACGGGAAUAUGAACACCAUGGGCCACAUGAUGGAAAUGAUGAGCUCGCGACAGGACCAGACACCGCACCAUCAUAUGCACUCACAUCCUCAUCAGCACCAGACACUGCCACCUCAUCAUUCAUACCCACAUCAGCACCAGCAUCCGGCACACCAUCCUCAUCCUCAGCCUCAUCACCAGCAGAACCAUCCCCACCACCACUCCCACUCGCACCUUCACGCACACCCAGCACACCACCAGACCUCACCGCACCCCCCGCUGCACUCGGGCGGACAAGCACAGGUUUCGCCGGCGGCGCAGCAGAUGCAGCCCACGCAGACGGUACAGCCACCACAGCCGACUGGAGGUCGCCGGAGGAGGGUGGUGGACGAAGACCCAGAUGAGAGGAGGCGGAAAUUUCUGGAAAGGAACCGAGCCGCUGCCACGCGCUGCAGACAGAAGAGGAAGGUCUGGGUGAUGUCACUGGAAAAGAAAGCAGAAGAGCUCACCCAGACAAACAUGCAGCUUCAGAACGAGGUUUCCAUGCUGAAAAAUGAGGUAGCACAGCUGAAACAGUUAUUGUUAACACAUAAAGACUGUCCGAUAACAGCUAUGCAGAAAGAAUCACAAGGAUAUCUAAGUCCUGAGAGCAGCCCUCCUGCAAGCCCGGUCCCAGCUUGCUCCCAGCAGCAAGUCAUCCAGCACAACACCAUAACGACCUCCUCCUCCGUCAGUGACGUCGUGGGAAGCUCCACUCUCACCCAGCUUGCCAGCCACAGAACAGACAUCAACCCCAUCCUUUAAAAGUGGUUGAUCAGAAACUGCUGGGGGAGUGUGGUACCGUAUCAAAGCGUCCUCUCUGCUAAGGACAUUCACAACCAUAACUCAAGCCUGGAAGAUUCCUCAGUUCUUGAAAGACUCUGGCUAUUCAUUUUUAUAGUUAUUAAAAUGUCUUUUAUACUUAGUUACAUAAAAGGGAGUUACGCAAUUAAUAUGCUAUCAGCUUGGGAAAUGCUUUGGUGCUUUCUCCAUUUUUUGGUACCAGUUACUUGUUUAUAAACCUAACUGUUUCUGUACAUAGUCAUGUUUCCUUCUCACCAGUCUAGCCUGCAGCCUCAGAAAUACAAAGUUGUGUUAAACUGCAGCUUGUUAGCCAAUGUGAGGCAUGAAAAGUAUUAAACAGAGUCAAACAUAGGUAACUAGGAGUAAUUAGGCUAUAAAUAUAGAGCGAGGGCAUCUGCUGACAGCAUAAUAAAAAAGAGUUAGCGUUGUGCUAUCAGCAGACCACGUCUCGCAUUCAGAGCCUCUUUCAGAGCAGUUAUAUAGGAUGUGGCUUCAGGACAAAAUCAAGCCCAAAUAGCAUGCUUUUUUGUCUAGCCCUCCCCCUUCUCCUCUCUCCCCUACCCUGGCCUUUUUCUCCUCCAGUUAUUCUCACACCUUCCUUUUCCCUUCCCUUUUCAUUUCCCAGCUUUUUUUCCCUGCUUUUUUUUUUUUUUUUAUUCCAAGGCUUUCUCACUUCCCUCUUUUUCUCAAAGAAUGGUAAUGAACAAGCAAAAACUUCAAGCCCACCUAAAAACUCUUGGCACGGCUGCUGCUUUCACUAGCUCUUCACCCGCAGUUGAGCUGCGCCAAGCAUUUGGCUUUUAAAAAAUACAAAUGCUCCUGAUUUAGUGUUUUUAAUAAAUAGGGAAAGGCGAAAACAGCACAGCCGCAGGUGAAGCAGGAUGGUGAGCCAGCUGUGUUGAUGCUAGCAGCCCUGUAAGCUUCUGUGGUGCAGUAGAGGCAUAGUGAGCAACACCUGAGAAUUACAGCAAUUUUUUGCACUGCCAGUCAUUAAUGUAGGAAAAUCCAUGUGUAUAUAAUAAUUUGGAAAAGUUCUGUUCCCUAACCUGGUUGCGUUGUUUUAGCAACGAAAACUAACAGCCUCAGGCUUCAUGGGCUAUAAAUGAGAAAUAAAUCAGUGUAAUGGUUCUGACCAGUUGGAAAAAUGCCAUUUUUAAUUCCCAGGGAAAGACCUUCUCUCUGCAGGCAUUCCUUUAAACGUUCACAAACUGAUCCCAAGCUGGCAGACAGCAGUGUAGCUUCACUGACUUUAAUGGCACUUAACACCCGUUUAGUGCGGGUAAGGAAUUGUUCUUUAGGACGCUAAAUAAUUUUUAGAAGGCACGCAGCAGCUAAAAAAUGCUGCAAGAAUGCCAAGUCCCACACUUGGGAUAAAAUACAGUCCUGCAGAGAGGGUCUGGAAAAGAGCCUUAUGCCACAAUUAAGGUUUUUGUUUGGACUCUGAGCCUGCCCCUCAGCACAACUGAUUUGCAUCCCCGAGUGGUCCCAGUGAUUGAUGGGAAAAUCAGACAGAGAUGAUGCCAGUUAAUUAUGCUGCCUUGCUGUAUAUUGGAACCUGAUUUUGCUCUCAAAUCCGUCAGCGGCAAAACCUCCUGCUGCUCGCCCAGGGAGCAGGCUC